AUGUCAAUCUUUCAUUAUCUCCCCUUUUUCUUUCCUUUCCUUAAUGCCGUUUUCGUAAUUUCUUUCCUUAAUGCCGUUUUCGUAAUUUCUUUCCUUAAUGCCGUUUUCGUAAUUUCUUUCCUUAAUGCCGUUUUCGUAAUUUCUUUCCUUAAUGCCGUUUUCUUUUUAUUCUUUCAUAUUACCAAUAAUACUCAAGCACUUCUCUUUCCCCCCCAUGCUUUCUCUCUCUCUUUCCCCCCAUGCUUUCUCUCUCUCUUUCCCCCCCAUGCUUUCUCUCUCUCUUUCCCCCAUGCUUUCUCUCUCUUUCCCCCAUGCUUUCUCUCUCUUUUCCCCCAUGCUUUCUCUCUCUCUUUCCCCCAUGCUUUCUCUCUCUCUUUCCCCCAUGCUUUCUCUAUCACUCUCCCUCUCUAUCACUCUCCCUCUCUAUCUCCCCUCUCCUCUCCUCUCUCCUCUCCCUCUCUAUCCUCUCCCUCUCUAUCCUCCCUCUCUAUCCUCUCCCUCUCUAUCCUCUCCUCUCUAUCCUCUCCCUAUCCUCUCCUCUCCUCUCCUCUCCCCUCUAUCCUCUCCCUCUCUAUCACUCUCCCUCUCUAUCUUUCUGCUGUUAUCAAUUUUCUACCAACUUUAAUUUUUCUUUUUUUAAUUUCAAAUAUUUCUUACACUCACAUACACGUGUGUAAUUCCUUUUUAUUUCUCUCCCUCCCCCUCGCUACACUGUCGGGUCUCUCUCUCUCACCCUGGCACCAAGCACCUGUUAAUGAUAACACUUUGGGUAUCUACGCAGGUGGUGUUGUCGGAAUCCGUACCGCCGCUUUGUGUAGUGUCAUAAAUCAAGCAUAUGGUGUCGAGGCAACCUAUCAAGAUGAGCUGGAACUACUACUAAACGUCGUAAGGCCCCGGGUUUGA